UUUUUCCGCCCAUUCCAGCACGCAGCAUUCAGUGUACGUCAGCCCGUGUUCUGUUCGAUACUGACGUUGCAGCCAACCAGGGUGCGGGCACCAAUCCAAUUCAUAAUUCACCAUAUUACUGCUUUAACCACCAUCUUACUGUGGACCCAUUUCUCUCUGAUUGUCUAGCAGUUGGCAAGAAUCGUCAUAUUCUGGAAUCUAACCUAUCCCAAACAGGGGCAUCGCUCAGUCACAGGAACUCCGAAAAAUAAGGUGGAUUUUACACUGUGGUGUAAGGCUUGUAUUGAUUGGAACAAAACUGUGCACUUUGGGACAGAAAUAUGGCAUCAGCAAAUGAUACAAAAUGGCAGAAGGAUGCCGCAGACCAGAACUUUGAUUAUAUGUUUAAAUUGUUAAUAAUCGGGAACAGCAGUGUAGGCAAGACAUCAUUUCUAUUCCGGUACGCGGACGAUUCCUUCACCUCUGCCUUUGUUAGCACUGUGGGAAUAGACUUCAAAGUAAAGACUGUCUUCAGACAAGACAAAAGAGUAAAACUUCAAAUAUGGGACACAGCUGGUCAGGAGAGAUACAGAACAAUCACCACAGCGUAUUACCGCGGUGCUAUGGGCUUCAUUCUUAUGUAUGAUGUCACAAAUGAAGAGUCAUUUAACGCAGUACAAGACUGGUGCACACAAAUCAAGACAUAUUCGUGGGAUAACGCCCAGGUUGUUUUAGUUGGUAACAAAUGCGAUCUUGAAGAUGAGCGUGUCGUUUCAACUGAAAGAGGCAAACAGCUAGCUGAUCAGUUAGGUUUGGAAUUUUUCGAGACGUCAGCCAAGGAGAACAUCAAUGUGAAGGCAGUAUUUGAGCGACUGGUGGACAUCAUCUGUGACAAGAUGUCAGAAAGCCUUGACUCGGACCCCACACUGGUCAGCAGCCAAAAGACCGGUACCCGGCUCACUGAGAAUCCAAACCCACAGAACAGCGGCUGUCAGUGUUAACCUUAGCCCUGCCUACUUCUCUUUACUCAUCCAAACUGAUCUGCUUGGCGAAGAAAAAAGCUGCGACCAUGCCUGAGCUCGUCUCCCCACUCAGCAUGAAUUGCACCCCCUGACUUGCUCCUUUACUUGUCUCCAUAGCGAAAUUCUAGAAGUAGUCAAGAUACAUGACAGUAAUGUACCAGUCACCUGUAGUUGCUGACUCUAGCUUGUCAGCAUUGUACCAGUCCAUGUGGCCGCUGACUCUAGCUUGUCAGCAUUGUACCAGUCCAUGUGGUCGCUGACUCUAGCUUGUCAGCAUUGUACCAGUCCAUGUGGUCGCUGACCCUAACCUAUGUCUAUUUGGCCAUCAGUUUGCAGCUUAGCUGAGCAAGCAGAAAUUGUAAACUGUGAACAAGCAAACAUUUAAUGGUAUGGUCAUCAUCUGUGUUUGAUAAUUGACAGGUGGUUUUAGUAUCUCUGCGUGUUGAGUUUUACCUGUCGAAUUCUGUUACCAGUAAAGCACACUUCUAUCCGGUGUACCUAUGACACAGAUGGCACUUAGUGACAAUGCAUGCCAUUCACUUGAACAACAGGAAUAAAUGUCCUUCUGUUAGUAAGUUAGGCUUCAGCUGAUUAGCAAAAAUCUUACAGGUAAAAGUUGUAAGAACAUUCAUAGGUAACCUGGAAGAAUUUAAUUCAUCUGUAAGCAAAGUCACACUGCUUGAUGCUUGUGCAGCUUGUGUCUUAAAUUGUUCGCCUUCUCCAGGUGGCGAGUUUUUGUCCUGAGAUUAGAUAAGCACCUCGGAAAAAGAAAACAUUUCUUCUGUAAGGGUUAUCUCCGCUGCUGGCUCAGUUGCUUUUUUACGACUAUAAACUGGAGUGUUGAUCUGUGUUAGGAGAUGCUAGGUUUCCAUGUACCACCCAGGUGAUUAUAAAUGUUUGUUGUGUCUGGUGAUUGUGAACUCCAAAGCAGUUUGCUUACAGUUAAAGUUCCAUCAGAUUGAAAAUCCAUUCUUUCAUGUUACUCUCU